UACAGGUCCUGUCAGUGACCGUUAAAUUGUCAAUCCAAAUUUAAUUUGAAAAUUCGUUAUAACUUUUUAGAUGCAUUUGUGCAUUUUAAUAAAUAAAAACAUAUAAACAUGUCAGUUCACUUUACAGUAAAUCAUCCGAUAUGUAUACAUCGCCAACAUACAAUAUUAGCCGAUCGAGAGAAGAUAAAAAAAUACGAACGAGAUCGACGUAGGAGGUUACGAAUACUGCAGGUUCGACAGCAAUCCAAUGAAACAUCACGCAAUGUAUUAGACCAAACUAGAGAAGAAACUCGAAGAACAUUAGAUCAAUUACAAAAAGAUAAAAACUCUAAACUUGCACAAAUGCAUGACAGAAAAAUUAUGGAAAUACAACAAAAGUAUGAACAAGAAAUGGAAGAAAUUGGAUUAGCACAUGAUGCAGCAGCAACUCAGCCUAACUUCAAUGUUAUUUCAGAGAUGAGAAAAUAUGAAAAUAGUGUAGCUGCUGAAAAACGCGGUAAAGAAGCGAUUCAAUCAUUAAAACAGGCUGAGAAGCCAAAUGCUGCACAGCUAAAACAGAAAAGAUUACGACAAGUACGUAAAGUAGAAGAUACUCGAUCAGCUCUUGUAUCAAAUAUUCCUAAACAAAUAAAUUCUCCGAAAACAAAAUUUUCAAUCCAUCCAGCAGAUUCUACUACAUCCUUUGCUGAAGUUAUACGUACACAUGAUUCACAAAGAAGUGAUGAUAAUGAUAUUCACGUGAUUAAAACAUAUGUUUCUCCAAAAAAAAGAAAACAAACUAAAGUAAUCAGUAAGAAAACACCUAAAAAACUAACCGUAAAAACAAAUGGGAAAAUUAGUUCUCAAGUACAUAAACCUAAAUCACAACAACGAGUAGUUGUUGAAAUACAUCAAGAAGACGUGCCAUCUGUAAAAGAUGACGAAGAUCAAUCGAAGCAACGAAAUCAAUUUGUAGUGAAUGUAGAUGCAAAUCAAGAUGAUAUUGAGUAUGUCAUUUGUGAUUCAGACAAUCAACAUACUUCAAAUUGUGAAUCAAAAGCUUCAAAAUGUGUAAAAUCUCAAGUGUCAACUCAAAAACAAGAUAGUCAACAUUUAGAAUAUAAUCCAGAUGAUUACCAGCAACAAACAUCUGAAGAAUCAAUUUGUAAUAAUCGUAAUGUUUGUAACAGUAAUUUCAGUUUAUCAUCGAGUGAAGAUUCUUCAUAUUUUUCUGACACUACUGCCGUUGCAGCUGUUCCAAACAAUACCCCUGUAGAAAUUCGUCCAACAACUACUAUUAAAACUUGUAGAAGUGCAGCUAACCGUGAUGGUAAAUUAAAUAAGACUGUUCAACGGAAAAAGGAUCAUUUAAAAGGUAUUGUGCAAAAGUUAAAUGUAAAAGAUGAAUUAAAUGCUAUAGAUAAAGCUCGAUUCAUUACGGAACAAGAAGAGAAAAAAUUAGCUCAUAAAAAUAAAUUAGAAGAAAUUCAAAAAAAACGUGGUAUUGAAGCAUUUAAACGUGAAAGGACUAAACGUGAACAUGAGAUAUUUUUUAAAAAUUUAGAAAAUUUAACCCGUGAUGAAAGACAAUUAAGAGCUUUGAAUAUUAAGAACAGAUUAGAACAACAAAAAUUAUUGAAUCUACGAAGAAAAAUAAUAAAUAAUACUUGUAAUGAACAGGAAUAUAAAUGUUCUUGUUGUAAUGAUGAAAUAAUUAUAAGAGAACCAAUAAAAAUACCCUGCUGCAAACCAACGGACAUAAGUAAAGCUCAAGGACGAUGGGAAAAAACUUUUGAUCAGGAUGACGGCAAUUUUCGUGAAGAUAUACCUUUAUCACGAAAUGAACAAAUUUUAGAUAUGUUAAAAAAGGUCGAAAGACAAAAAAUACUUUUAUUAAAAGAAUAUGGCGAUUCACUGCCAGAUGAAAUUCUUUCUGCCAGUAUGACCUCACUUUUCAAUGAGAGUAAAUCUAAAAAAGCCGGUUCUUCUUAUAGACAAAGUGAACCUGAACGCAGAAGAUCACCGGAAAUCAAAGUUAUUAAUGUAUCUAAAACUAGUGAGUCUUCUGACGCUAAAAAAAGUAAAUUAAAGAAAAAAGAUAAAAAAAAGAAAGCUGAUGUUGAUACAGUAGAUAAAAGUGAAAUAGCUGUUCAAACAUCACAAUAUAAUCAAGUUGGUGAAGAUAAAAGUGUUCAAGUUGAAUUAUCUGAUAGGCUUGAGCAACGGUCAAGAAAAUCUAAAGAUUCAGAUAAACUAGAACAUGUUGAACCAGUAAUAAACAUAAUCACUCAUGGUGAAGUAAGCAGUACCGAAUCAUUUAAUCGUCCUAGUAUUGUAAUUAAUGUUGGUAAUGGAACAAUUCAUAAUGCGACUAAACAUGCACAACAGAAUAACUUGAAUGUAUUAAAAAAAACCUCACCACGAUCUAAAGCUCGAUCACUUCCUUCUAAUUCUCCAACCAAAAAAUUAUCAACUAACACAGUAACAUCUACGUCGGCGCCUACUUCUCGAGCAGGUAGUCCUAUACAAAUACAGGAAUCAACAGAUAGUAUUGAAUCACAAGUGGAAAAAGUACCAAAACAACUUCCAAAACGUUCUCCUAAAAAAAUUAAGAAAAAAUCUUUAGCUCUAAAAACAAACGAUCAUCCAUCUAGUAAAAAUACUUCAACACAAUAUUCACCUGAUAUUCAAUCAGCUUCUAAAAAAUCCUACACAGUAAGACAACAAAUUAUUUAUACAGACAAUUCAGAAGCAUCUUCAUCUUAUGCAAGUUUAUCAGCUUUAAAACCAAGUUCUAUUCUUGAAAGUAAUAGUAAUACAUCCCUUAUUCAAUUAUUAUGUGCAUCAAUAAGUGAUAGUAAAAGAAAAUUAGCUGAUGAAAUAAGUCCAGUAAGUACUCCAGAAACACCAUCGAUGCGUGUAAUAAAUAUGCCUUCUAACAUUCCACAUCCCAAUCGUAUUAAUCGAAUUUUAAAGUAUUCUGAUGAUAAAAGGAAGAGAGAAAAAAAGACAACACUUUUAAAGCAUGAAGAACAACGACAAUUAUUUGAUUCUCACAAUAGCUCUAAACAAAGCUCAAAUGGUGUAGGUUGUAGUGAACCUUGUUGUACUUGUAAGAAUCGCUCUUAUCGAACAAUUAAUGAAGAUAUUGGUGAAAUAAUUCACCGUGGUAAUCGUAUGUCAGAACAGGAUUCUUUGAUGAUUAAUAAACUUGAUGAUAUGCAAGUAGAAUGUAUAGAAAAUUUGAAUACACUUGAUACUAUGCUCCAUAAAGUUAGACAAGAUCAAGAACCAUCAAUUAUGACACAAACUACAGAAACCAGUAUUAGAACGUUACCAACGAUGCCAUAUGAGAGUAAUGUAAUGUAUUUGAAAAAAUGUCAAGAAAAUAUUGAUUCAAUGGCUAAUCGUAUUUUGAAAACUUAUACUGAAUUUAAGAAAAUUGAUCAAAAUUAUCAACUAUCGCAUGAUUUAUCUCCUAUUGUUGAGACGCCAAAAUUAACAAAUCCCCCAAAAAAUGAAUCAUCCUUAGCUGCUAAAACUAAACCUACAAUUAUAAAAGACGAAAAGGUUAACAUAGACAUACAAAGAUUUAAAAAGCAAUUAGAUUCUGAAGUUUUACCAACCACUUCUUCAUCAAAAACUGAUUCCAUGGUAGAAAAAUUAUCUAACGAAAUUUUAGAGCAAAGCAAAAAAUUAGAAAAAUACAGACCUCUUGAAGAAAUAUCGUUUGAAGAUCAAACUAUUCAUCAUGAAUUGCCUUUAACAGGAAGGAGUAAUUCAGGACUAGUUACGUCGUCGCCAAUAGACGCAGUAGAAGAAGAGAGAAUGAAGGAUAUUCAAAUUACAAAAAUCAUUAAACAGGACAAUUUUGGUCAUAUAUUAAAAGAUAUACCGAAAAUUCCUCUGAGUAAUGGAUUAAAAAAUCGAAUUGAAGGUAGGCGCCCGGAGUUAUCAACAAUUGAAGAAUUAGAUACUCCAGACACAGCAUCUCGAAGUAUGGCGAGUGUAAGAACUCCAUCAGCUAAAUCUCAAAAAAUAUACGUGGAUGAUAAUCUAUCAAAAAAACUGGUUUCUGAUAAUAUUAAAAAUAUCCAAAAUAAUAACGUACCGAUUUUAUCGAAUUUAGGUGAGGCAUCCAUUAAACAAAGUAACGAGAAAGCCGUUCAAAAAGAAUUCACGAUAAAGAUGUCAGAUAUGCUUAAUAAUGAACUUGUUCCGAUUUCGGGUGACAAUUAUGACGAAAAUGAUCGAGAAAAUAAUAAACAACUCAUGAUAUCAUUGUCUAAAAAUGCUCAUGGUAUAAAAAGUGAUCGUUUCAAAGUUGACGAGACAUUGAAAUCAUUAGAUUCUUUUUUGAUUCAUUGUAGCGCAAGAAAUAUUGAAAUUAAGAGUGAUAAGAUUUCAUCAAGUAGUUCUAGUAGUUUUUCCAGGUUUUCGGGAAUAUCUGAUAUUUUAAGUACUCCAACUUCAAAUACUAUGACUUCACCUCCUGAAAAGAUGGAAGAUUUUCUUAUGGGGUUGGGUUUAGCGUGGCUUAUUCCAAUAGCUCGAAAAACUCGUGAAGCAAGCGCUUUAACUUCUUCGUCUAGUUCUGAUAUAACGGUAGCUAUGGCUAAACGAACCAAGUCACCAAUCAAAAAACCAACAAAUAAUAAUAACCCAGCAUCAACAUUACCAGGUUUUAGUGAUGUAUCUUCAAUCUCUAUUAAAGAAGCUAGUAAAAGUACUGAGAAAACCGUUCUCAUGAAAGGGCGGACUUCUACUCCAAACAUAUCAAAUUUCCAUCACACUAGUGAAAAAUCAAGUAUUAUCACUACUAGUACAUCUGGUAGAAUGAGCUUAUCAGAUUUGAGUGAUAGCUUGAUUGUUACUAAUUUAUCACUUCAUGUCAAGACUUGAAAAUAUAUAUACAUAAUGUUUCAUAUAUUUUUAUAUAACACAAUACCUCAACUAUACAUAUGUACGUAAUAUAUUUUUAUUAAUGGUAUUUUUAAAUUGCAAAAAUUUUAUUCAUAAAUUAAUUGAUUUUAAUGUAUUAUAUACGGCUUUUACGAUUCAAAUUUUUAAUCUAUAUUUUUUAUGAAUACAAUACCUUGAUCAGAUGUAUCUUAAAAAGUAUAUAAAUAAUUAUUUUAAAAUAUUUUUAAAAGAAUUUUAUAUAUUUUUAAAAGAAAUUUUAUGAAAAGUUAAUUGAUCAACUCAUAAAGAAUUAUCUGACUGUCGGAAUUGUGAAUUAAGUAUUUAAUAUUAAGAUAAAAUUAUAAGCUUAUUAAAUGUUAACUAAAAUAUGGUAGAAAAUAUUAACGGUACAUCAUCAAAAAGUAUCUGGAUAAAAGGUUGGUGUUCUAGAAUUUUUUUUUUGAUAAAUUCAUAAUCAUUAAGGUUGAAUUGAUUGAACAUUUACAAAAUAAAUAUAAUUAGAAAAUAAAACAUUGUCGUUAACCGUUAAUAGCAAUCAAUCAACGUCUUUAGACAAUAAUAAAAGACUUAAUCAUCAUGAGGAAAAGUGUAAAUUAUU